AUGUCGUCUCCGAAAGUCUCCAAGUCUUCACGACCUCGCGCGCCGAGGUCGUGUGUGCCUUGCGGAAGGAGGAAAGUGGGUUGCGACAAGGCGAGACCGAUAUGUGGAAGAUGCGCCCGAGCGAGCAUGGAGUGCUCUUAUGCGGCAGUGCGCUCGCCGCCGGCUUCGAUCACCGUGAUAGAUGAAACGCCUUCCCUGGCGAGUCGAGCCAGUCGGUUGUAUGAUCUUACCCGUCAGGCUGCUGAAACACAACUUUCUCAGACCACGCCGACUAGCGAACCACAUGACAAUGGUGUCAAGACUGUGCCUACCAUCGAACCGCCUUCGGCCAGAGAUAGCACCACGCCAAGUCGAGAUACUGGACAUCUUUACGUCGGACCUCACACCAAGGGUCAUUACAUCUCCAGCGCGCACUUUGCCCUUAUCAGUCAAGAGGUCGCCGCCAUCAACGACCUCCUCCGCGACCAACGAGGCUACACCCGCGAAACCCUCCGCGGUCCCAUAGGCCAAACAUUCCCAACGUCCCCACCCCUCACCUCCCCCCGCUACCCCUCCACCACUGCCUCCUACGAGACCUCCCCCGCCGAGACCCCCGAGCGCGAACGAGAAUUGUACGGCGACCUCUUUCCCAACAUUCCAGCAUGGACGCCGCAGGACAAUACUCUGCUUGCCCCGCAAGCGCCGUCGAUUGAGGAGAUCCUGGCGGGCUUGCCGACGAAGGAGCAGAGCGAGGUGUUGAUUUGGAGUUAUAUGGGAGGUUUCCAUGCGAAGAGGAGUCUGUUUCACGGGCCGAGCUUUUUGGUGCAGGUCAGGAAGUUUCAGCAUUGGCUUGAUACGAGGGAUCCAAAUUAUGUGCUGAGCGUGCACUUCCUGGCGCUGAUGGCGGCGGUGCUUUUUGCUGGAUCGGUCGUCUGUCCGAGGUAUCGCUUAUCGACUGUGUUCGGAGACCUGAGUCGGGAGACAUUGGUGUCGAGGCUGUAUAGGCGUGCGGUUAGGGCGAUUCGUCUGUCGGAGUUUCCACAGUCGCCUUCGUUACAGUCCUUGUCGGCUUUCAUCAUCGUCGAUUCCACUUGGCUGCGCGAGGAACAACCUCUUACCUGCUGCUCUUUCAUUGGAGUGGCUGCCAGGGUUGCUCAGAUGCUAGGGCUGCACAAGGAGCCCACCACUUUCGGACACUUCUCGCCAGUCGACGUUCACGUUCGGCGGCAGGUAUGGUGGUCGAUCGUGUCCAUCGAUGCCCAGGUCGCGUUUGCAUCAGGCUUGCCUCCGAUACUAGACUGCAGACUAUACAACGUCCAGCCGGUCAGUGAGCUUAGCGCAGCCUCCAUCCGAGAUGACUUUGAGGCGCAUGGCAAUGCGAACAAGUCCAUUCUGGGCAUCUUCAUUGGAGGUCGCUUUGCUUUUUACAAGAAGGGCAACGAGAUUCUGCACUUACUUCAUAGCAGCUUACUGUCCGAAAGAGACCUUGACUGCAUCCUCGAGAUUACCCACGACAUCAACGCCGAUAUGGAUUGCCGCAGAGAGCAGAUCAGUUCCAUCGAAGAACUGCACAGCACCAACCCGCAGACGUACGAUGGCAGCGACAUCGAUGCUAUUCGCCAUACAGAGUCCAACGCAGCUCUGGCGCAGUUCGCAAAGAUGCUGUUCGCGCUCUGGGCUGCGAAGCCAUACUCGGUCAUGUAUGGCCCCAUGAGACGGCACGAUCUCCUUGGCGCGCUUCGGAAGAAAGAACCAAAUGUGAUUGUCUACUGCAGGGAGUAUGUCCACCGCUUCUUGCGACUGGCUGAACGUCGUGACUUCCAGCCGUGGCAUUGGUGCUGGCCGGGUCAACACCAGCCGUUGCAUAGUAUCAUGGCUCUCAUCUCCGAUCUGGAAGAUCACCCUCACGACCCGGAGGCAGUGGAGACGAGGAAGCUUGUCGACCUGGCCAUCUAUAAGUGCAUUGGCUCUGAUGACUGCGGCAUCACUUCAUCGGAAGACGGUGCUCCAGAUCCUAGACCAUUACAUAGCGGCGGCGCGCAGGCUUGGAGGUUCUUGCGAAGAGCGAGAGACAGAGCCUGGGAGAUGGCCGGCUUAGAUCCUGCCAUCCUGAUCUGUCCCGAGUCCGUGCACGACAUUGUCCUCAAGGGCGUAGCCGACGAGGAUCGCGACAAGAACGAGCCAAGCGAGGCCUGGCAAGACUAUGCGUAUGGUCCCAUCCCGCAGACGUAUGCAGAGUGGUCAUACUUGGGCACCGCGACGGACCCCAAUUUCGGCUUCUUACACGAUCUCGACAUGCAGAUGAAUGGUGGCAUUGGUGGUGUCAGUUGCUGA